AUGGAAUCCAUCGACGGGUUCGUGCAUGCACAGCCCGAUGAUCGCCUUUCCCUAGCGACGACGUACUCGCCCAAGUUCUUGGGCUUCAGCCGGUGGGAGGAGGAUGGUCUAUGGGUUGACUCAUCCUACGGACAGGGCGUCAUAAUCGGAGUGAUUGACGGUGGGAUCGACCCUGCUCAUCCUUCGUUCAAUGACAACGGCUCGAUCCCCCCUCCUCCGGCCAAAUGGAAAGGAAAAUGUGGUUUCCGACAACCUUCGUCGUGCAACAAGAAGCUCAUCGGCGCAAUUUCGUUCAGAGGUGGAUGCAGGCCACCACCGGUGGCCAACAAACGUCAUGGUCAUGGGACCCAUGUUGCCAGCAUUGCAGCAGGUGGCAUGGUUCCUGAUGCUCAUGGUCUCGGCCAGGCAGAGGGUGUGGCAUCGGGAAUUGCGCCACACGCGCACAUAUCUGUGUACAAAGUCUGUUUCAGAGAAGAAUGUACUGCAACUGAUGUGCUAGCAGGCAUAGACCAAGCCAUAAGCGAUGGAGUCGACAUUCUAUCGAUCUCCAUAAAUCAUCCACGCAUCGUGCCCAUGUAUAACGAUGUCAUUGCUAUAGGAUCGCUCGCUGCGAUCAAGAAGGGUAUAUUGCCUUGCUUGCCUGCAGGCAAUUUUGGUCCAUAUAAGAGCAUAAUACUUAACGAUGCUCCAUGGAUUUUAACGGUAGGAGCAAGCACGAUGGACCGAAGAAUAACCGUAACUGUAAAGCUAGGAAAUGGGAUGGAGAUUGAAGGAGAAUCUGCUUACCAACCGAGAAACUUUACUUCCAAAAUGUUGCCUUUAGUUUUUCCUGGCUAUAAGAAUCAAGAACAUAGAAGCUGCAACAAUGCCUCAUUUGAUUCUCUUAAUCUCAGAGGAAAGGUAGUAGCGUGCAAAGCUGAAGGAAUUAAGAACAUUGAGAUGGGUAAAUUUGUUGCGAAAGCUGGAGGGGUUGCAAUGGUAGUCAUGAAUCCAUUCUACUUAGGCUCUACUACAUUUUCUGAACCUCACUUUCUCCCAUCAGCUCAUUUGAGAUACGCCGAUGCAAUGAAGGUUUUAUCCUACUUAGAAUCGAAUUCUACUCCGACAGCGACAAUUGAAUUUGAUGGCACAAACUUUGGAGCUCGCCCGUCACCAGCUGUUGCCACAUUCUCUUCAAGAGGCCCGAGUUUGAUAAACGGUGGUAUAUUGAAGCCAGAUGUCAUUGCUCCGGGUGCAAAUAUACUGUCAUCUUGGCCAACAAGCUCAUCAUCUUCAGCAUUCAAUUUCCUCAGUGGUACUUCUAUAGCUACACCUCAUAUUGCAGGGAUUGCAGCUUUGCUCAGAAAAAAUCACCCAAAAUGGUCACCUGCUGCAAUAAAGUCUGCAAUCAUGACAACUGCUGAUAGAAAAGACCUGGAAGGAAAUCCAAUUGCUGAUGAGUAUAAUAUGUGCAAAGGAAGCGUCUUCGCUCUUGGUUCAGGUCAAGUGAAUCCAUCCGCAGCUAACGACCCAGGUCUUGUGUAUGAUAUUCAGCCACGCCAGUAUUAUACUCGUUACCUUUGCAGCUUGGGCUUCACGAGUAAGCAACUCAAAGUUAUUGCUCAACAUCAGGUUGAUUGUGCUGGCGUUAUUGACACCGGCGCUGGAGAGUUGAACUAUCCUUCAAUAUCGGUACACCUAAAACCAGGGCAGAAGAAAAUAGUGUCAAGAACUGUGACAAAUGUAGGCGAAGCCAAUGAGGUUUAUUCGGUACAGAUAGAAGAACCUGAAGGAGUGAGAGUGAAUGUUUCUCCGAACAGGCUUCACUUUUAUGAGAUCGGUCGGAAGAAAAGAUUCAGUGUCGAAUUUAGUAUCAAAGGUGUACCUCAGACUAAAGGCCAGAUCUCUGAAGGACAGCUGAUGUGGAUCUCUGGAAAGCAUGUAGUCAGAAGCCCAAUAGCUGUCACCUUCAUUUGA